GUCCCCUCCCCUCCCCUCUCUCCCUCCCACCCCAAGCCGCUUUCACAAACUCCUUUCUUACCGUAGGUUUCUCCCCUCCCGCCGCCCGGGCGAGCGACACGGCUGCGGCCCCCCUCCCCUCCCUUCCCUCCCUCCCUCCCAUCCCCCCCUCCCCGAGACCCACCGGACCCCGAACCCAGAUGGCCGAAACGGGCUCCCCCUCUUAACGAUUUGGCGUCUCCCUCGACCACCACCUCUUUGUGCAGCAGCCCCCGGGCAGACCCUGUUCCGAGGGCAACGCUCCCCAGUCCCCCCACCCCCGACCCUGGAAUCAUGCAUCGGACUACACGGAUCAAAAUCACAGAGCUGAACCCCCACCUCAUGUGUGCCCUCUGUGGGGGGUACUUCAUUGACGCCACCACUAUCGUGGAGUGCCUGCAUUCCUUCUGCAAAACCUGCAUCGUGCGCUACCUGGAGACCAACAAAUACUGCCCCAUGUGUGAUGUGCAGGUCCAUAAAACCCGGCCGCUGCUGAGCAUCAGGUCUGACAAAACCCUUCAAGACAUUGUCUACAAAUUGGUCCCUGGGCUUUUUAAAGAUGAGAUGAAACGGCGGCGGGAUUUCUAUGCAGCAUACCCCCUGACAGAGGUCCCCAACGGCUCCAAUGAGGACCGCGGCGAGGUCUUGGAGCAGGAGAAGGGGGCUCUGAGCGAUGAUGAGAUUGUCAGCCUCUCCAUCGAAUUCUACGAAGGUGCCAGGGACCGGGAUGAGAAGAAGGGCCCCCUGGAGAAUGGGGAUGGGGACAAAGAGAAAACAGGGGUGCGCUUCCUGCGAUGCCCAGCAGCCAUGACCGUCAUGCAUCUCGCCAAGUUUCUCCGCAACAAGAUGGAUGUGCCCAGCAAGUACAAGGUGGAGGUUCUGUACGAGGACGAGCCACUGAAGGAAUACUACACCCUCAUGGACAUCGCCUACAUCUACCCCUGGCGGCGGAACGGGCCUCUUCCUCUCAAGUACCGUGUCCAGCCAGCCUGCAAGCGGCUCACCCUGGCCACGGUGCCCACUCCCUCCGAGGGCACCAACACCAGCGGGGCAUCCGAGUGUGAGUCAGUCAGCGACAAGGCUCCCAGCCCUGCCACCCUGCCAGCCACCUCCUCCUCCCUGCCCAGCCCAGCCACCCCAUCCCAUGGCUCUCCCAGCUCCCAUGGGCCUCCAGCCACCCACCCUACCUCCCCCACUCCCCCUUCGACAGCCAGUGGGGCCACCACAGCUGCCAACGGGGGUACCUCGAACUGCCUGCAGACACCAUCCUCCACCAGCAGAGGGCGCAAGAUGACUGUCAACGGCGCUCCUGUGCCCCCCUUAACUUGAGGCCAGGGACCCUCUCCCUUCUUCCAGCCAAGCCUCUCCACUCCUUCCACUUUUUCUGGGCCCUUUUUUCCACCUCUUCUACUUUCCCCAGCUCUUCCCACCUUGGGGGUGGGGGGCGGGUUUUAUAAAUAAAUCUAUAUAUAUAUGUACAUAGGAAAAACCAAAUAUACAUACUUAUUUUCUAUGGACCAACCAGAUUAAUUUAAAUGCCACAGGAAACAAACUUUAUGUGUGUGUGUGUAUGUGUGGAAAAUGGUGUUCAUUUUUGGGGGGUCUUGUGUAAUUUGCUCUUUUUGGGGGUACCUGGAGAUGAACUGGAUGGGCCGCUGGAGGCUCAGUGAAGCUCUGCACGGUCUUCGCUGUUUCCCAAGGCAGAUGGUGUGUUGGGACCCCUUCAGCCCCAAAGCUUUAGGCACGAUUCCAACUGGCUGCAUAUAGGAGUCAGUUAGAAUUGUUUCUUUCCCCGUUUCUCUCCCCAUCUUGGCUGCUGUCCUGCCUCUGACCAGUGGCUGCCCCCCGCAUUGUUGAAUGUCCAGAAAUUGCUAAGAACAGUGCCUUUUACAAAUGCAGUUUAUCCCUGGUUCUGAGGAGCAAGUGCGGGGUGGAGGUGGCACCUGCAUCACCUCCUACUCUUGCAGUGGAAACUUUGUGCAAAGAAUACAUAGUUCUGCCUCUUUUUUUUUUUUUUUUUUCCCUGUGUGUGUGACCUUUGCAUCAUUUAUCUUGUGGAAAAGAAGAUUCAGGCCCUGAGAGGUCUCAGCCCUUGGAGUUCCACUGUGGCUUUAGCAUUGUGAAGCACUGCACCCCCACCGACCCUACCCUCACCCGGGAACCCUCACUAGCAGGACUGGUGGUGGAGUCUCACCUGGGGUCUAGAGUGGAAGUUGGGGUGGGUUAACCUCACACAAGCACAGACCCCAGACUUUGCCAAAGGCAAACAGCCUUCCAGUUGCCCCUCCACCCCCAGCUGAGGCCUGGUCACCUGGUCAGGACAGAGCAACUGCAUCUAAAAGCACAAGAAGGCAGAAACCUGUAAGCUCUGACCCCACCCCCACCCCUUGAGAGGUCAGCAGACCACCUCCUUAGGGACAGACCCUGGCAGGUCCCUGCCCACCGAGAUUUCCUCACGUGUGCAUAGAUCUGGGAGGAGACGGGAAUCGAGACUCAAGAUUCCAUCACAGCCUAGGUGUGUGGGGUUGGGAGUCCCCUGAUGGGCUUGUCUGUAUUUACACCUUGUCCUGUGUCUGAGGUCCUGUGACUGUACCCUCCUCUGCCCUGGGACAUCUGUAUCUCUUGGCUUUGUAAUAAAUGCUGCAUACUUUC